CUACUCAGAGAGAGAGAGAGAGAGAGAGAGAGAGAGAGAACAGAGCGAAGCUUGUUGGCCAGUCACCACAGACGCUCGGGUCAGCUGUCUCUCCUGACCGCUGGAUCUCAUGAUUUACUGAUGAAUGGAGAAAGGCAAGGGACGGGAAGCAGCAAAUGGUUAAAAGAGCUUUGCUUUGGCUCCUAGGAAUGCUGAGGCCCUGGAGACCAUACAGCUGGACACACCGGCACUAACAAAACAAGGGCGAGGUAAGCUGUCCAACUCUCAGCUGCUCAUUGAUUCAAAGCAAUCUUGGGAUCUUCAGAGACUUUUUUGUGGUUAGAGGACAAGAAGAAAAGCACCGGGAUGAGUGUUCCCCUGACAGGAUUUUGAUAUGACAUUUGGCGGCAAAAACAUGUCAGCCUGCUUAAAGGGAUUCGCUCCAGGGCGGCUCUGAAUUCUCGACGCAGGAAGGUUUCUCGAGCAGCUCCUGCUGGUGUACACAGAGAUGGCCAUGGUGAGCGGGGGAUGGGCCAACCCCAAUGGCAGUGCUAAUGGACUCGGUGAGAAAGGUUACCUGCGGGGGGAGGAGGAGGGAAGCUCGCCCCAGGCAGGGAACAGCGAUGUGGAAGGUGGCGAGGAGGACAAGGCCUGCGUGGUGGACUGUGUUGUGUGUGGAGACAAAUCCAGCGGGAAGCACUAUGGUGUUUUCACCUGUGAAGGGUGCAAGAGUUUCUUCAAAAGGAGCAUCAGACGGAACCUCAACUACACCUGCAGAUCAAACAGAGAAUGUCAGAUUGAUCAGCAUCACCGUAACCAGUGUCAGUACUGCCGUCUGAAGAAGUGCUUCCGGGUCGGUAUGAGGAAAGAAGGUCAGCAAACCCCUACUGUUCAGCGUGGCCGAAUUCCUCCAUCCCACGCAGGCAUCAGCCCAGCCUCCAUGGUAGGAGCAGGUGGUGAUGUUGGAGGAGGUCCGGGCAUGGGUGCUGAUUUUUUUAAUGGUCAGCCAGUGUCUGAACUCAUCUCUCAACUACUGAGAGCAGAGCCGUACCCCAACAGCCGUUAUGGAGCCCAGUGUGGCCAGCAGCUCCAAGGCGCCAACAGCUCCAUGAUGGGCAUUGACAAUAUAUGUGAGCUUGCAGCCCGGCUGCUGUUCAGCACUAUUGAGUGGGCCAGGAAUAUUCCCUAUUUUCCUGACCUGCCAGUGUCAGAGCAGGUGGCCCUUCUGAGGCUCAGCUGGAGUGAACUGUUUAUCCUGAAUGCAGCUCAGUCGGCGCUGCCCCUGCACACGGCCCCUCUGCUGGCAGCUGCAGGGUUUCACUCCUCCCCUAUGCCCGCUGAUCGCGUCGUGUCCUUCAUGGACCAGGUGCGGGUCUUUCAGGACCAGGUGGACAAGCUGACACGACUGCAGGUGGAUUCUGUUGAAUACAGCUGUCUGAAAGCCAUCGCUCUGUUCUCACCAGAUGCAUGCGGGCUGUCGGAUCCAGCGCACGUCGAGAGCUUGCAGGAGAAAGCACAGGUGGCCCUGACCGAAUACGAGCGGAUGCAGUAUCCAGGCCAGCCCCAGCGGUUCGGCCGGCUCCUGCUGCGACUUCCCGCUCUGAGAGCCGUUCCCGCCAACCUCAUCUCUCAACUCUUCUUCAUGCGGCUGGUUGGCAAGACGCCAAUCGAAACUCUAAUCCGGGACAUGCAGCUCUCUGGAAGCUCCAUCAGCUGGCCGUAUGUGCCUGGACAGUAGACGAACAAUCAGAGGACUUGUUCCUAUGUCCCAUCUCAGGCUGCUCCCAUGAUUCCACAGUAACUGUGCAGAUAGAUGUCGUGUGUGGGUUUUGUCGAUGGUGUAUAUAUAUAUAUAUGACUAAAGGUGGAUGACGCAUAUGUUCCUAUGCAGUUUAAUUGAGCCAUCCAGUACCAGGAUACCUCAUGUUUUCUGUCAUGAGCAUCAACAAAUUCUCUCAAAAAACAUUUGACAAGAUGAAUGAUAAACAAAGGACUGACUAUGAAGUAUUUGAUCCCAAGCUUUAAAAGGAUAACCUUCUUUUUGAGAGCAUAGCGAACUACUUUAAAGCUAGUGUAGAUUAAGUGUACUUUAAGAAUCUUUAUAACAGACAGCAUUUGUGAGUCAAAAAUGUUGGGAAAUAUACUUGAAAAAUCAGUGAAUGGCUAUAUUUGGAAUGGGAUACUAGCAUACUCCACACUACUGUAUACUGCUUUAUAUUAAAAAUGGUCAAAACGUACGAAAUAUGCAACAUUUCAUGUAUCAAACAGUACUAUGCUACACUGCUGUCACGUGACCUCAUGAUAUUGCAUGUUUAUGCUGCGCUACAUUUAGGAUACAGUAAUCUGUGCAGUGCUGCUCAGGUUAUGUUUAGCAUAUUUUGGCAAAUGGUCAUCCAGGUAUUAUACAGAUACAUACUAUGCACAGUGAACAUACUAUAUAAUGCAGAGAUAUUAAGAGUAGUAUGUUAGUAUGCUGUUCUGAACAUAGUCAGUGUCCUCGAUUGUCCUAUUUAAACAGGUUUUGUGAAUUUUUCAUUGGGGUGAGGACAUGGUUGAGAGUUUUACAUUGCCGACAGUGGGAAGUAUUAAGUAUUUUUGCAUUAUAAAAAUAAAAAGAAUAAAACAAGCUCUUAUGUAAGAAGAAUGUUUAUGACGAACAUGCAUUUUCAGUAGUGUAUUACAUGUCUAAUAAACAAACUGCCAACAGGAGAAAAGGA